GGGGCGCAUCCCGGAGAGGAAUGGAAUGCCGCGCGCUGCAGGGAGGGCUUCGGGUUGGGAGUUGGCUCUGGGCUUUCUGGAUGCUCCGGCUUCGGACCUGCACCGGGAAGGGUCUUCAGGUGCAGGGGGUAGCCUGGGAAAAGCGGGGGAGCAAGGGAAGCCAGCAUGGAGUCGCGAGACCCAGGGCUCGGUCCCGGAUCAGCACGCUCGCGCUUCUCCCCUUCUUCCGAUGAGAACAGUUGAGGUGGGUGUGACAGGCCUGAGCAUGAGAGGACAAGCUAUAUACUCCGGUUGGCACAGAAGACUAGUUCCUAACCCAGUGUGCAUGUCCAGGAUGCCUGCAGGCUGCUAGGACCCCUCACCUCCUUGUUAUGGACUGCCCAGGCUGACAAGUCAAUCUUUAUGGGCAUCUCCUGUUCCCAUCUGGAGGAGACCAUGUCCAAGCCCCCCGACUGCCUGCUGCGGAUGCUCAGGGGCACCCCCAGACAGCGGGUCUUCACCUUCUUCAUCAUCAGCUUCAAGUUCAUGUUCUUGAUCUCCAUCCUGAUCUACUGGCACACUGUGGGUGCACCCAAGGACCAAAGAGAGUAUAGCCUGCCAGUAGACUUCUCCUGCCCCCAGCUGGCCUUUCCUAGAGUCUCUGCCCCAGGCAACAUCUUCUUCCUAGAGACAUCGGACAGGACCAGUCCCAACUUUCUAUUUAUGUGUUCUGUGGAAUCAGCUGCCAGGGCACACCCUGAAUCCCAGGUGGUUGUGCUGAUGAAAGGGCUGCCUAGGGACACCACAGCUCAGCCCCGGAACCUCGGCAUCUCUCUUCUGAGCUGUUUUCCUAAUGUCUGGAUACGACCUCUGGACUUGCAAGAACUGUUUGAGGACACACCACUGGCAGCCUGGUACUCGGAGGCACGGCACAGAUGGGAGCCCUACCAGUUGCCCGUACUGUCUGAUGCUUCCAGGAUCGCACUCCUCUGGAAGUUUGGUGGGAUCUACCUGGACACAGACUUCAUCGUCCUCAAGAACCUGCUCAACCUGACCAACACGCUGGGCAUCCAAUCCCGCUAUGUCCUCAACGGUGCCUUCCUAGCCUUCGAGCGCAAGCAUGAGUUCUUGGCACUGUGUCUACAUGACUUCGUGGCCAACUACAAUGGUUGGAUUUGGGGUCACCAGGGCCCCCAACUGCUUACCCGAGUCUUCAAGAAGUGGUGUUCCAUCCAAAGCCUGGAAAAGAGCCAUGCUUGCCGUGGGGUCACUGCCCUGCCCCCCGAGGCCUUCUACCCCAUCCCCUGGCAGAACUGGAAGAAAUACUUUGAAGACAUCAGCCCCGAGGAGCUGACCCAGCUGCUCAAUGCCACCUAUGCUGUUCAUGUGUGGAACAAGAAAAGUCAGGGUACACACCUAGAGGCCACAUCCAAGGCUCUGCUGGCCCAGCUACAUGCCCGCUAUUGCCCUACGACACAUAGAGCCAUGAAGAUGUACUUGUGACAGCCCUUCAGGCUGCAGUCAUAUCAUAUCAACAUUGUUACCGCCUUUCCAGGGAGACAAGAUGAGCAGACAGGGAAAAAGGGGCCUUUGAGAUGCUGCUGUUGACUUUAGAGGAGACCAAGCUGGCCUGGGGAACACUUGCCAGUUCUACACCUGCCCCUCUAAGCCAAAGGGAGACCGAUGGAGAACACUUUGUCCGGUGUUCUAGGCUGACCAGUGAUUACAGAAUUACUAACAUCUGGGGCCUUAAUGGGCUAGAUCACAAGAACACUAAAGAGCAUUCUAAGGUAGCUGGAAGACAGCUGGUUAGAGGUGGGGUCAGGAGCGGAGCUCUGAAAACCUGUGUAGAAAUGCUGAGGGAGAAGGACCUGGCUCUCUCAGCCUCAUGAGCCCAAGGGGAGGGGCAGGGCUCCCUGGGAACACCAUCUUUCCUCCCCUGGGACAGUGCUCUGAAGAUCUAUCACAGCCUGUUCCAGUGUUCGGGGAUGUGGACUUUUUUUUUUUUUUUCCGAGACAGGGUUUCUCUGUGUAGCCCUGGCUGUCCUGGAACUCACUCUGUAGACCAGGCUGGCCUCGAACUCAGAAGCCCUCCCAGUGCUGGGAUUAAAGGCGUAUGCCACCACUGCCUGGCUUUUUUUUUUUUUUUAAUUUUUUAAUUUUUUAUUUUUAUUUUUAUUUUGGUUUGUGGAAAUUCUUUAGGUUUUAAAAAAGGAAAAAGAGUUUUAAACUCCCUCCCUGUUGUAGACACUGGGGGCUCUAAUAAAAGUGACUCACCAACA